ACUCUAUGCAUAUCUAUCUGCAUAAAAUAUAGAUAGAUCCCAAUAAAUUAUCUGCCAAAUUGAGAGCACCCACUUGCCAUAUUGCUUUAUAAAAUAGUGGACGGUUCCAGUUUCUCACUUUUUUUCGUCGUUUCAAGUACUGACUGCAAUUUGGAUUUUCUCUUACUUUGAAUUUUCAACUUUCCCAUUCCAUGAGUGUGUUUUCUUUUCUGAAUAAUGCGCUUUGUGUAGAUCAAUUCCUUUCCUGUGUCCGUUAUACCCAGAUGAAUUUUUAAUUUUUUUUUUCUAUGCCUUUUGAAGAUUGGAGUCUGAUACGAUUCAUAAAACUCGAAUUCAGUAGCUUGUUAGUUGUAAACUUAGUUGUGUGCUUCCUUCUCAUUGAUGACAACUUCAAGGGAAGACGAAGAAGGCUUUGUUUCCUUUUGCUUUUGUCUUAAUUUUUAUGUAACUUCCAGGAGGAUCCUUGAUGUGGGAAUUUUGCUUAAUUAACGUCUUUAAUUUGAAACCAUCCAACAAGCAGACCACUCGUUCUUGCUUCUGGAACUUUCUUGAAUGAUCCACAGCUCACUAGGAAUGAACAGAAAGAACAUUCUACAGCUCCGAAUAUGGAGGAGGAGUCUUCUGAAAAUUCGGAAGCACUGCCAGUGCCAGAGCAUGAUGAGAUCCCAAAAUCGCCCUCAGCAACUGCAGGGGCUCCUAAGACCGAAAAUGAUCAAAGUGAUGCUAAUAACCCGCAACAGAAACCCCUGAAGAAGCCCGAUAAGAUUCUUCCAUGCCCGCGAUGUAACAGCAUGGACACGAAGUUCUGUUACUACAAUAACUACAACAUCAAUCAACCACGGCAUUUCUGCAAGAGCUGUCAAAGAUACUGGACUGCUGGGGGCACCAUGAGGAACGUGCCGGUUGGAGCCGGGCGUCGAAAGACCAAGAAUUCUGCCUCCCAUUGUCACCACAUCACCAUCUCUGAAGCUCUCCAGGCGGCUCGCGUAGAUGCCCCCAAUGGAGCUCCCCACCCUGCAUUCGAAAUCAAUGGAUCUGUACUUUCCUUUGGGCCGGACUCACCACUUUGCGAAUCCAUGGCUUCUGCCUUAAAUCUUGCAGACAAGAAGGCUCCUAAUGGCAUCAUCCGUCGUGGUUUCUAUAGAGUUGAUCAAGGGAAAACAACAGUUGGUCGAAAUGGUGGAGAAAAUGGCGAUGAUUGCUCAUGUGGAUCAUCCGUCACAACUUCAAAUUCAGUGGAGGAAGGAGUGAGAAAUGGGCUACAAGAACCGAUUUUGCGGAAUUUGAAUGGCAUGUCUUCACAAAUUCCAUGCCUUCAUGGAGUUCCCUGGCCUUAUCCCUGGAAUCCUGCAGUUCCUGUACCGGCUUUUUAUCCUCCCGGCUUCCCUAUACCGAUCUAUCCUUCACCUUAUUGGAAUUGUAGCAUACCGGGUGCUUGGAGUGUUCCUUGGUUGCCACCACCAUCUCCCUCAACAACCCAAAAGACACCAACUUCAACUCUGGGGAAGCAUUCAAGAGAAGGAAACUUGCUUAAACCAAGCAAUCAAGAUGAAAAAGUGCCACUAGAGCCUAAGAAUUCAGGGAGAUCCAUCUUAAUUCCAAAGACUUUAAGGAUUGAUAACCCGGAUGAAGCUGCAAGAAGUUCUAUAUGGACCACACUGGGGAUUAAGAAUGAUUCCACGAGCAGGAUUGGGCUUUUCAAGGCCUUCCAAGCAAAGGGUGACGAAAAGAAUCAUGCUCCUGUGCCCCCUUCCCCGCUGCAGGCUAACCCUGCAGCCCUGUCUAGGUCCCUCAGUUUCCAAGAGGGAGCCUGAAGUAGUGCUGUAUGUUAAGGGAGAGAAAAAUGGGGCAUUGAGCUUAUCCAAAUGAAUUUGAGUCACCGAUCUCUGUUUGGAUAGAUCGCAUUUGUGUGAUGCCCCCUCUCUUGUUUUGUCUGUGACGCUGUAUAUAUCUAUACAUAGGAAGGAUACUGACGUUAGAAUAGGGAUUGGGAUGGUUGUUAGAUGGUACCAAGAAGCAGGUUUUAAUAAUGUAACUUUUAACUGUCAAACUCAAUCUGAAAAUGGCUCUUUUCCUCCUCAUUUUCCUUUGUGGUUAUGAAUAAUAAUGCAGUUCUUCAA